UUUCGGCGCUAUCCAUGUUUAGUCGCGUGACAUCUGUCAUCAUCAUGACCGUAUCUCAAUUAUUUACAAUUAAAGCGGGAAACCUUUCCACUUCCCCCACGAUUCCCAAGGCGGUUUCACCAUUAUCACUUAACUUCUGUGAGGUAACUUCUUUCAUCAUUACUUCUUUUUACUCUUACGUUUUAGCCGAAACUCCUCUCUUCUCUUUCUUCGCCGACUCUUUCUUUGCCGGAUUUUAAAUUCCUCAUCUUUUCCGAUGACUUCUGACUCCGAAAGACCCGAGUCUCCAUCCUUUGAAGGUGGCUCUAGUAAUGACGAAUGCACUCGUCCUAACGAUAUCGCAGGUCCGCACUACAGAUCCACCUGUACCCUUCAAUCCCUAGAGCGAUUAAAGGGGCUUUGCCAGAUUCCUCCCGGAAUCAUAGCGGAAGCGCAGAUAGCCGACCCUUCGGAGUCCCGGGAAAACCGUGACGGCUAUUUUUGUGUCUAUGAAAUCUACUUCAAGAGCUGCGGAUUGACUUUCCCCCUUCCCAAAGCCCUAGUUCGAUACCUAGCGGCUCUUGAGAUCGCUUUACCUCAGCUAACCCCCAACCUCCUCCGAACCAUCCUCGGAAUCAUAACUGUUGCGGCGGAAGCGGACUACAUUAUCGGGGUCCCCGAACUGAACGAACUUCUAAGCGUGAGAAGUUCAUCAAAGAAAACAGGGUACUUCUCGGCGUAUCCAAAUGCCAAUAGGAACGUCAUCUCGCAUCUCCCAAACAAGGAUGAAAACUGGCACCAUCCUUGGUUCCUGAUUAAGAAAACUCCUACUUCGAUUGGAAAUCUUUCCGACGUACUCCCAUCGAAGUGGUCUGCGAAGCCUGCUCUCAUCGCUUCAACUCUUCCGACUGAAGAAUUUGUCAAGUUCUUCAAAACAAUCCUUGAAGGGGAAACCCUCUGGAAUUCUUUCACCCUCGAUCGGUUCAUUGAAGCCAAUCGAAAACUCAGGAUGAGUCCCCCCAACCAACUUCAUCGUCUUCCGCCUCCUCCCUCAACCCAGGGAAUGUCAGCUCGGGCCUUCGUUGCCCAACGUAAGAAACUCUCCAAGCCGAUAGCAGAGGCUUGUGAUGAAAACAAGGUGUUCCUUGCGGCCGCCAUUGACAAAAAAGACUACAGCAUGACCCUGCUGGUUGAUGACAACAGCAUCGAGGGAGCCAGAUCCUUUGCUGCUUUCAGAUUGACUCCUCGUGACGAACGUCGUGACGAACGCUCUCCUCGGAGGGAUCGAUCUCCUCGUCGUGAUUCACCUCGUCCUCCCCGAGAUGAUUUUAGCAAUGAACCACUUAAGAACUUGGUUCGCAGGAAGAGGGACAAAUCCUCUCGUAGUGAUUCUUCCCCGCGGAGGGAGAAGUCGAGGGCCCGGACUGACCGUUCACCCCGAUCAUCCCCUCCUACUGAACCAAUGGGUCCUCCUCGACCUGUUGAUAUGUCUUCCAAGCCUGAUAGCGAGAAGACUGAUCGGAGUGCAUCUCCUAAACAGGGAGAUUCUGAGUCUCGAGAUGCUCCCUCGAAGUCCAAGCCUGCUCUUGUUCCCCAAGUCAAAUCACUUUCAGCUAUGGAGAAAGAAGGCAGCGCCUCCCGAUGCUUCAAGACCCGAUCGGGUACGAUCUUGCCAGAUUUCAACAAGUGGCGCCCUGCGAUCCGUGAACGCUACUUACUUCACGCUCAUCACUCAUCUCGGGCUAACGGCGAGCUUAACGACAUGAUUGAGCAUUACGAAGGGUUGGUCAUUGGACGGGAGAAGGAAAUCGAUACGUGGAAGAAGAAACUUUCUGCUCUUGAGGCUGAACUUAGUUCUUCUACCGGCUCCAAGCACAAUCUGGAGGACAAGGUCGACAGUUUAACAUCCGAGCUUACGAAGAUAAAGGGGGAGCUGCAAGACCAGUACGACCGGAAUUACAAACUCCAGGAUGAACUUUCUGGUGUGCAGGGUAGACUUCAUGAAUCCGAAUCAACCGCCGAUACCCUGAACAACCAACUUAUCGAGCUUAACGCGAAGUACAAGGCGAUAACCAAGUUGCGUGAUUCCGAGUUGGCUAGGUCGGCGUCGAAAGCCAGAAAAGAGGUUAAGGGAUGCGGGAUGGAGUUGAUCCAAGGGGCCAUUCGCUUCAUUCAAACCGAGAGAGCUAGGUCAGAUCUGGAGUCAGACAUCAAGGAGCACGAGAGCAACCUGAUUCUGUUGGAUCAAAUCCAUGAUGCAGAUUUCUCCGAGGUGCAAGAGAGGACCGAACUGUCAGAUAAUCUCUUUGAAAAGCGGAGUCGCUUGUCAGCUCUUCCCACUUCGACUUUCAACCCGCAGGACUUUGAGGAAUUCUUCACAGAAUCGCCUCCUAUAAGUGAAUCGGGUCUCGACUGGGCGGAACUGUUUUUCCUAGGCUCAAGUGGGACGGAAGAUGUCAUCCCACCCGAAGUUCCCGCGGCACCGGAGGUCACCCCGGAGGAUGGUUGUAUCGUGGAGAGCGGUCCAGGAGCUUCAUCUGAUCAAGCACCAAUCAAAGAGGCGAGUGAAACUUUGACAGCCGAAACGGAAUCCGAGGUGGCUGUUAAUCCAUAGUGGCUGUGUCCACUUUAAACUGGGAA